ACCUUACCCUUAAAAAAGGGGAACAAAAAAGAAAGCAGUAGUAGUCAAUUAGUAGUCAUUCAUCAAUGGAGCGUAAUUCCUCAUCUGCUGGUUUUUUCCUGCUUGUAAUCGUUUGUUUCUCAGCACUGUUUCAGAUAUCAUCAACGGAAGCUUUUUGUGAAAAUGCCCAAACACAAGAUGUGUACAAUGCUGCUGAUUGCACCGCUUGCCAAAAUACAUGUGUAAGAGUAUGUGCGGCACAAGGAAGUUCAUAUACUACACAACAGUGCACACCUAAAACCGGUACUGCAGCAUACGCAACAUGCAAGUGCUGUUGUUCACCUACACCAUUCUCUCCGCCACCACCUCCACCUUCCCCUCCACCUCCGCCUCCAUCACCGCCUCCACCUUCACCACCACCUCCAUCACCACCUCCACCUUCACCUUCACCACCACCCCCAUCACCACCUCCACCUUCCCCAUCACCACCUCCACCUGCCGCUCUUUGUCCGACUGAUCCUGUGGAAGUUUACAAUGCCGCUGACUGUGACGUUUGCACAAAUACCUGUAGUAGAUUAUGUAUGGCGACAGGAAGUUCACUUAUUGGAAAAGAAUGCGGACCUCAAACCAGUUCCGCGGGAGUAUCAUGCCAGUGUUGUUGUGCAAGUCCCCCACCACCACCUCCUUCGCCUUCGCCAACACCUCCUUCCCCAUCACCAUCUCCACCUUCCCCACCUCCUCCAUCUCCAUCCCCACCAUCUCCUCCAAGUCCGUGCCCACCACCAGCACCAGGCUGUGGAUGUGGCUGCGGAUCUGGAUGUGGUUGUUGCAACACCGAUGUUAACAUUCAGAUAUCAAUAAAAUCAGGUGGUAAUGCCCAAGUAACAAAAACGUCAUCAUCGUCCCCAACUGGUGGUAAUGUCAAAGUAUCAACACCAUCAUCAUCACCAUCUGCUAGGGGUGGUACUUAUGAUGAAUUGUGAUGAAUCGAUCACUGGCACGUACCUAGCAACAAUUAUUACUAUUAGUUAGUAGUAACAGAAUAAGCUCCUCUUACGGUGGAUGCAGUUGCAGUGAGUGUUGCUGGGUUCAAAAGAAGUAGUGCUUCAAUGAAGCUGAAGAUUAUGUCAUAAGUUUGCAAUGAAGUUUUUCUUAAUUAGGCUAUUAGUUUCUUCUUAUUACUGCAAAAAAGUUGUUGGUUGGUACAAUCUGUAGUAUUUGAUUGGAAAAAAUUAAGGGCAAUCCAAAUCCAUCGUCCAGUCUAAUACAUAUAGCAUUCAACCAUUGGUUCUA